CUGUCUCUCACCCACAUGUAAAGUAAUACCUGGAGAUCAUCAGCACACCCUGUGAUUCUUACCUGCGAUGCAGUCGUCCUCUCUUUGUUCCGAGUCGAGCUGCUGAGCAGGAGGCCAAAAGCAGACGUUCAGCCUGGGAUGUAUACGUCUUAAGGGCUGCCAUGUGAAGACGGAUCAAAAGAGAUAUUGGAUUUUAAAUUAGUGGCUUCGGAUCUGAAAGUCUAGAUAGAAGCUCUACUCACCUAAGAUGAAGGUCCGUGUGGUCCAGAUCUGGGGAUUCCUGAUGACAGUUUUAGGAUGGAUCUUCGUGGCCUGCACCAUGGCCAUGGAGGGCUGGAAAAUCACCUCCAUCGGGGGCAUGGGGGGCUCCUCCAUCAUCAAAGUGGCCUGGUACUGGUCCAGCCUGUGGAGAUCCUGUUUUACCGACUCAACCGCUGUCAGCAACUGCUACGACUACCCCAUGCUGUGGUCUGUGGAGGGCCACAUCCAGAUAGUGCGAGGCCUGCUGAUGUCAGCUCUUUCCCUCGGCAUGCUGGGAUUCGUGCUCAGUCUGUUGGGAAUGGAGUGCACCUUCAUCGGGGGAAAAGACAGGUCAAAGCACAAGAAGAUAUACGCCGGAGGAUGUUUUCACAUAACCAGCGGCUUUCUGUCCACCUGUGGGUAUGGAGUGUACGCCCAGUAUGUUUCAGUAGAAUACUUCAACCCGACCUUCGAUGGACUGAAGUUUGACCUGGGCACCCCCAUGUUCCUGGGCUGGGUGGGCUCUGCCUUCCACAUGGCUGGGGGUUUCUUCUACCUGUGGUCAGUGUGCACGCCGCUCUUUGGAGGAGAGGUGAAAGUGAUAACGGUCAAGGCCCUACCAGACCUAGAGCAGAACAAGUCCACCGGGGCUCUGUCCUCAGUGUCCGAGAUCACCUCCAAGACUAAACUGUCCUCCGUGUCCGAGCUGUCGUCCAGGUCUGAGCGCUCGGAUCUGUCCGGCAUUUCCUCCAGGUCAGGACGCACGGCCAUGUCAGGGCGGUCAUCGAAGACUGGGCGAACCUCCAGGUCUGCUGAGUCGGCACGGUCGGCAGGGUCAGGAUCAAGGUCAGGGUCGGAGUCUGUUGUCUCAUCGAUGUCUAGAGCAUCAACUUUGUCUGGGUCAAGGAGCAGCGGCAGCAGCAGCAGCAGCAGGACGGUUUCAUCACUAUCAGGAAGCUCACGGAGCCGGGCGAAACCGCUCGCCAAAAACUCUUAUAUAUGAGCAAAUGUGAGAUAUAUGGAAACUGUGAGAAGAAAGGAAGGAGUUCUGCUGAUUCAAGUCUGUUUUUUUAUCCUGUUUGUAUGACCCUUAAACCAUGUGCAUACAGAUUGAUGCUUUUUCUAUUCAAUUGAUGGAUCUGUUGUAAAUAAAGAUUGUGUAACAGA